AUGACUUCCCCCUCCAUUCCCCCGCCCGCACAACCCAUCCGCUCUCCGUCACCAGCGCCCAAUCCAGCGGCCGCAAACCUUCAGGAGCAAGACCCCGCCUCGGACCCUCGCUCCACGUACCAGAGGCCUGCGGCUGAGGAUGGUCACAGAUGUCUGUGGGUCGACUGUGACAAGGUCUGGUCUGACCCCGAGACGCUCUACAAUCACCUUUGUAACGACCACAUCGGCCGCAAGAGCACGGGUAACCUCUGCCUCACCUGCAAGUGGAAAGACUGCAACACCACUUGUGCAAAGCGGGACCACAUAACAAGCCAUCUACGAGUGCACACUCCCCUCAAGCCUCAUGUAUGCGAAGUCUGCAACAAGCCGUUCAAGCGGCCGCAGGACCUCAAGAAGCACGAGAAGAUUCAU